AUGUCAGGCCUACACUACUCCAACUACGAGGGUGUCGGUAUUACCAACAACAGGCUGUAUUCAUACUCGCAAGCCGUUCGUGUGGGAAAUGUCGUCAAAUGUUCAGGACAAGGCGGCCAGAUCGAGCUCGCCUUUAAAAACGUGGAAAAGAACUUGAAGGCUGCUGGUGCAAAAGGCUGGAGUGACGUUUACUCAGUCAAAAGCUUCCACAUCUCUUUGUCUUCGUCGUUUGACCUCAUGGUUGAAGCGUUUCGAAUGUGGAUGCCUAACCAUCAACCAACAUGGACUUGUGUGGGCGUUACUGAGCUGGGUAUUUCUGGGAUGAUUGUUGAGAUCGAGGUCGAGGCAGUGGUAGCCUAA